UGACCAAGGGAACCGUGUUUUGUUGCUGGCAGGCAUGACUUUCUAAACCGCUGUCUUGCUAGCACAGGAGAAUUUUUGCAAUUCGCAUGGAGCUUCCAGAACCGAUCAGAAGACGUUUAGGACACUUUUCCAGAACUGUGUUUGUUGAUCAGAGUCGUACUCAACCAUCUCCCGAAGAUCAUGUCACGUUUUUGGGGCACAACAGUGAGGUUGUCUCCAGCCUGCCUCUCCAGAUGUCACUGUUCUUCAACAUGUGUUUUUUCCCACUGUGGUGGAUCAGCGAGGUGGUGAUGCUGCACCUCAAGUAUCCAGCCCUUCCUGACUACUAUAAGUUCAUCCUCAUCACCAUCCUCAUCCUGAUGACUCUUGUAGAGGCUAUCAGACUCUACCUAGGCUAUGCAGGAAAUUUGCAAGAGAAGGUCCCUGAGCUGGCUGGUUUCUGGCUCCUGAGUCUCCUGCUGCAGUUUCCUUUGAUUCUGUUUCAGCUCUUCAACCAAGCCAUUCUGAUCCAACCUCUGGAGAGAGGGGUUCACUUAAUUCUGGCCCUGUUCAUACUCACACAGGCCCUCUCUGGCUUUGUGGCUCUACGUGGGAUGGUCAGACACACAGAGAGCCACUUCCACCUCAGACAGUUUGAUGGGGUUCAGGAGCUGCGGGCAGCCUGACUGCUCUGCUGAGCUGACAUGCAGAGACAGAGUUUUGACCAUUCUGCCUGCCCUGACCCUGACUGCCGUCCUGUACCUUGUCCCACCACACUGGAUUAUUGACCCCUAUCUGCCCUGACCCUGCCUGCCGUUCUGUACCUUUCGGACUCUGCUCUGAAUUGAUGACCUCUGCCUGCCCUUGAUCUGUCGUUUGCCUCCCCCCGUUUUUGUACUAAACUUUUGUUACUUCGAAACUGUCUGCAUCUGGGUCUUCUCCUGAGCCUUGACAGUAGUAUGGAGUUGUAUAGAGAAGAAAACAUGGUUAUUAACUACAAUAAUCCAUUGCGCCUACUUGUCCGGUCUGUUUCUUUUAUACCUGCUACAUAAGAGACAGAAGAACCCGUGAUGAAGAGAAGAGCCAUUCUUAUUAUACCUCAGUGGAAGAGAGCAGUUGCUUAGCAAGGUAUCUCUACCUGAAAAUACAUGAUUGAAGUGAUUUAAUAGUUGGUAUUCAGCAGUCAUAAAAGUAUGCCUUAUUUACUUUGAAGAACUACAAAAAUUGUGAUUUUGCCAGACAGCAUAGGCAGCAGAUCUAUAGAGAUGAGAUGAUGACUUGAAUGAAAGAAAAGUAAUCAAAUAAAACAAAUGUAAUAUUCACAACAACUUAAAUAUUUUAUCUAAAUAAUAUCAAACCGAAACCAAACUCAAAAAGCACUUAUCGCUCAGCAUUAACUCAAAAUAAAAAGUCCCGCAAUGAAGAUAGUAAAAAUAAUACAAAUGGUCGAAUUAGUAGCAUUUUAUUAGGAAAUGUUAGUAGACCUACAAUUGUGAAAACUUAAUAGCACAAAUAAUAAUAUGGCAUUGACAAUAUUGUUAACAGUAUUAAAAGUAAUGAUUUACUGCUGUUCUGUACUUUGUCACACCACCCUGGAUUACUGACCUCUGCCUGCCCUGACCCUGACUGCCGUUCUAUACCUUUCGGACUCUGCUCUGGAUUACUGACCUCUGCCUACUCUUGACCUGUCGUUUGCCUGCCCCCCUGUUUUUGUAAUAAACUUUUGUUACUUUGCAUCUGGGUCUUCUCUUGAGCCUUGACAGUACAACUGACAAUGAUGGACCCAGCAGACUUGGACCAGAUCCGAAACUUAUCAAGAGAACGACCCUAGUCAUCCCUACUGCCUUUGAUAUGGCGGACUCACUAAACACAAAUG